AUGGCCUCCGGUGCAGAAGUGACCAAGACUCACCGACAGCUCGCCAUGCCGUUCUACCAUCGCGCAAAGGCAUAUGUAGAAGCCGAUGAAAUGAGAUGCUGGACACUGAUUGCCAACUUUGAAGCCCAACAACUCUACUUUGCGCAGGCUUCAAUGAGUCUUUGCCGAGCCAUCAGGAUCGGUCAGAUGCUCGGUCUACACCGGGUUGAUGGAGAAGGCGUCGACGCGAUGUCUCUGCUUCCGCCUCCGCGGGACUGGUCCGAGGCAGAGGAGAGACGGAGGACGUGGUGGGUGAUUUACUGCUCGGAUCGGUUGGUCAGCGGUAGCACGGGCUGGCCGGUUAUGAUUAACCAGCAAGAUAUUACUACACAUCUCCCUGCGUCAGAAACGGCAUUUGAAACAGGCGUUGAGGAGCAGACGAGCCCGCUAACGAGCAUCCUUCUCCAAGAAGGUCGCGACUUCUCCGCCUUUGCAGGACGGGUCCUGGCCGCGGCAUCCUUCUUCCAAGCCUUUCAGCACUCAACACGAACAUUACCAGACGAUGAUCUUACCGACCCACGUACAAGUCGGAACUGGAAACGCCACCGUGAGAUUGACAACGAUCUAGUAGGUCUCCUUGCCGCUCUCCCGGACGACCUGACGCUCCCCCAAAACAUCCAAAGCCGCAACGCCACCUUUGUCAAUGCCAUAAUCCACACGUCGGUCAUCUUGCUGCACAGAGCGGCUCUCGCCAGAAUAGAGUCGUUCGGGCUGCCGGAGCAUAUGGCAAAACAGAGCCAGGCGAGGUUGAUUUGCGCCGCCGAAGAGAUUCUUAAUGUCAUCCGAAUGAUGCCCGAUAUCACGCAGACGCUCAAGAAUCCCAUGAUGACCUUCUCCAUGUACACGGCCUCUCUCGUGUUCCUCGAGAACUGGGAUACGUCGGCCCAAGACUAUCGGCGACAGGAUAACCUCGAUUUUAUCCUUCGCAUCAUCAUAUUGGCUGCUAAGGCGUGGAACAACCCCGUCACGAAGUCCACAGCAGUUCAGCUUGCGGUGGAUAUGCGGCAGCGAGGUCUCGGAUCCGAGGCAGUUGACAAGGUGUGUAUUCGCAAAGCCCUUUCCCACCACCCGGAAACCCCUUACAGGACUGUACUGAUUCAGAUUGUGUAG